UUAAUGUGACUAUUUUAAUUAUAUAUACCAUCAGGUGGUGGACCUACUGAACGACUUGUACACCACGUUUGACUCGACAAUCGAGAGCUUCGAUGUCUACAAAGUGGAGACUAUAGGCGACGCAUAUAUGGUGGUGUCGGGUAUACCAGUUCGCAAUGGGCUCCGACAUGCCAGAGAGAUCGCCCGCAUGGCUCUGUCCCUACUGAACGCCGUCACGUCUUUCAAGAUCAGACACCGACCUAACGAGCAGUUAAUGUUGCGAAUAGGCCUACACUCGGGUUCGUGUGUGGCCGGUGUGGUGGGUCUCAAAAUGCCCAGAUAUUGCCUCUUCGGCGAUACCGUGAAUACUGCCUCCAGAAUGGAGUCCAACGGAAUGCCCCUUAGGAUUCAUAUCAGUCCGUCGACCAAAGAAAUACUCGACUCCUUCAACACGUUUGUGACGGAAUCGCGCGGAGAGAUACCCAUCAAAGGCAAGGGAACUAUGACUACAUUUUGGCUCAACUCAGAGAAGAUCCCCGAAAAUAAUAACAAUAGCAUUGAGGCACACAAGACAUGAUAGA